AUGAAUAGUUUAUUAUCAAAUUAUUUUGAAUCUUCUGAAACCAAUGGAAAAGAUGAAAUAACUCAACUUGAUAAUGAAAUUAACUAUUAUGGAUUGCAGUGUGUCGCUGAACAAACUCCAUUUGAGGUUAAUAUGAAAGGAAAUGUUGUUGAGUUCUCAGUUAGUGUUUUACCUCAAUAUGCUGGUAAAUUAUAUAUUUCUUUAACUCUUUACAACCAAAAAGAGGCUAUUCAAAAUUAUCCUACAUUCAGUUGUUUGUCUGAAGGAAAAACAAAGUCUUCAUUUGAACUUCAACAAAAAGGAUAUUAUCAAAUUCAUUUAAAGAAAGGAACAGAAAAUGUCAAAUCAAUAAAAAUUCAAUUUUCACUUCAACAACUUUAUUUACAAGUUGUUAAUUAUAACUCUCUUUUCAUAAAAUUGAAUGAACGUUCACAUAAAGGAGACACUAUAGUGAUUACACAACAACCAUCACCUAAGUUAAAAGAACGCAUUGAACAAACACAUGAAAAAUUAUAUCAAUACACUUUAGAAGACGGUGUUAUUUUAUAUCAUAUUAAUUUACCUAAUACUAUCAAUAACAAACAUAGUCUUUGGUGUUGUUUCUAUUACUCAACAAAUAAGAUAUCAGGCUCACCAAUUGUGCUUGCAUUUAGUUAUUUCCAAGUCCCAUUCCAUUAG